AGCCAGACUCACUCGGGGAAUUUACGCUGGCUGUCCUGGGAAGUUUUCUGCAACUCAUUUUCAACUUACACCGUUAACUGAGAGAUGGGGACAGCGGUGUACACUCGUGUUGUCAAGUAAAAAGAGACGCGGUGGGAUUUAAACGGUUGGUGCUCAACAUCUGAACAUCUACAUCUCAUCUCUGUGCUUCAAACUAAGGACAGAGCCCACCACAGACUUACAGACCUCCUGUACCAGCAUCCAGCCACUAUGUCCUAGCUAACCGCGGCUCAGCCCCCUCCCCUGACCAUCCUUUCCCUCUCUCCAUCCUCCUCCCUCUCCCAGUCCUUCAUCUCUUCACCUGAUGUGGUGAUUUCUGGUCGUACCCCAGCAGCGCUCCUUCUGGCGUGAUGAGCAGCCUGCACCAGCAGCAUCAUGGCAGCACAGGCUCAGAGCGAGAUCUUCACUCUGCCGCCUCCUCUGUCAGCCUCCCUUCAGUUAGAAAGCCCCCCAAAAAGCGGCGUCUGUCCCUCCACUCACUCUUCGGUCGUCGACGGCGGCCUGACCGCGACCCCAAGCGCAAAUCCAGGCCUCUGCAAAGUGCAGUUGGAGUGGACGGCAUUGUCAGCACAGAAAGCGUCCAGUCGGAAACUGUGCACGAUAAAACGUCUGCUCACUCUGCACCCGGUGUAGCGUCAACUUCAUCAGUGUCAGGGUCAUCAGAGCUGCUGGAGUGCCCUCUGUGCCUACUGCGCCAUGCACGUGAGCGCUUCCCAGACAUCAUGACCUGUCACCACCGCUCCUGCGCAGACUGCCUGCGACAGUAUCUGCGCAUCGAGAUCUCAGAGUCUCGUGUCAACAUCUGCUGCCCCGAGUGCUCGGAGCGCUUCAAUCCCCAUGACAUCCAGAUGAUCCUGGGGGACCGAGCUCUCAUGGAGAAGUACGAAGAGUUCAUGCUUAGGAGGUGGCUGGUGGCGGAACCUGACUGCCGCUGGUGCCCGGCCCCCGACUGUGGUUACGCGGUCAUUGCGUUCGGCUGUGCCAGCUGCCCAAAGAUCACCUGUGGGCGUGAGGGCUGUGGGACAGAGUUCUGCUACCACUGCAAACAGCUGUGGCAUCCCAACCAGACAUGUGACACCGCACGGCAACAAAGGGCCCAAACCUUUCGGUUGAGAAGUUUCAGGUCCUCCUCCCUGAGCUACAGCCAAGAGAGCGGAGCUGCAGGUGAUGACAUCAAGCCAUGUCCUCGUUGUGCGGCCUACAUCAUCAAGAUGAAUGAUGGAAGCUGUAAUCAUAUGACCUGCGCUGUCUGCGGCUGCGAGUUUUGCUGGCUCUGCAUGAAGGAGAUCUCUGACCUGCACUAUUUAAGUCCGUCAGGCUGCACCUUCUGGGGGAAGAAGCCCUGGAGCAGAAAGAAGAAGAUCCUCUGGCAGCUCGGCACGUUGGUGGGCGCGCCCGUGGGCAUCGCCCUCAUAGCUGGCAUCGCCAUCCCUGCAAUGAUCAUUGGCAUCCCAGUCUAUGUGGGCAGAAAGAUCCAUAAUCGCUACGAAGGCAAGGACAUCUCUAAACACAAGAGGAACUUGGUGAUAGCUGGUGGCGUGACGCUGUCUGUUAUCGUGUCACCUGUGGUUGCAGCUGUCACUGUUGGCAUCGGUGUCCCCAUCAUGCUGGCUUACGUUUACGGAGUUGUCCCAAUCUCACUGUGCCGGAGUGGCGGCUGCGGGGUGUCUGCCGGCAAUGGCAAAGGAGUGCGGAUCGAGUUUGAUGACGAAAAUGACAACAUAGGAAGCGGGGCAGCAGCCACAGACACGACCUCGGUGGCUGAGACUCGGCUCAACAACCCCAGCCUUGGUGAUGGAGCGAGUGUCGGCGGCCUGACGGGCCUCAGCCUGAGUGUCAGCGGGAGCCACAUGGAGCGUUGCGGCAUGAGCUCCACUCAGCGAGACAACAUGAGCGACAACGCCAGCACCACGGCCCUCGCUGGGACCAGCAUCACAGGCAGCCUGUCUGGCAGCUGCUACAACAGGAUGGAGGUGCAGGCAGAUGUCCAGAAGGAGCGCUGCAGUCUGAGCGGGGAGUCGGCCACCGUCAGUCUCGGGACAAUCAGUGACAACGCGAGCACAAAAGCCAUGGCAGGAUCCAUCCUCAGUGCCUACAUGCCUCUGGAAAGAGACAACAGUCUGGAGGUUCAGGCAGACGUGGAGUCCAAACAGGAGAAGGUGAGGCACGGCAGCGCCAGCAGCAGCCUGGAUGAAGCCAGCUGUAGUAGCAGCACUGCUGGACUCAAAGGUGCUACUGGAGGUACGUGCACGUGUGCCUCCACCUGCUGCUGCGUGCAGCACGACAACCACUGCUGCCCGUCGUCCCCCUGGUCAAAGGAACCCUCCACUUCAGGGGGCAAGAAGAGCAAAGGAAAGCUUUGGAAAAGAGCAAGCAGCAGCAGCAGCAGCAAAGGAGACACAAAGAUAAACGAGACACGAGCAGAUAUGGAUCCUCAGCUCCUGGAACAGCGCAGCACCAACUCCUCUGAGUUUGAUUCUCCAUCUCUGAGCGGCAGCCUGCCCUCAGUGGCCGAUUCGCACUGUAGCCACUUCUCAUCAGAGCUCAGCUGCUCGGACCCUGAAACCUCAAGACCAGCUCAUCAGCUCUGCUCCGCCCCCACAGACCAUCACCAUCCCGCCACCACCUUCAACGACGUCACCAUCACGCCCAUGCCCGAGGUGGAGAACGACCGCCUGGAGCGUUACCCACCUCAGAGUAGCCAUGCAGCCUUCACCCACCACCGCCUGCUGUCGUCAUCUCCACCUGCUUCGCCAAAAGAGGGAAGCAGCGGGACGUUUCUGUACAUCAGUGAGGAGAGUGGAGGCGCCGACACAGAGCCAGAGAAGGACAGGAAAAUAAAGGAGAGUGUCAAAAACACUGCCGCACAGCCUGUUAGCCCAAAAAGGAACCGCUGUAUACAAACGGAUAUCUGACAGAACUGUUCUUUGGGCGUUAGCAGUGUCACACUGCUAGCUCAGUUAGCCUUAUCACCUAAUUUCACUCUUAAGUGGAGCGUCCCCCAAGUUUAUAACUUUUAAAUUUAAAUCUAAUUAUUUUCAUCUGCUGUAGAGGCAGGAAUAUUGUGUGAAUGUCAGUUUAUACAGAGAGGAUCGAGGUCUAAGUUGGAGAGAGAUCGGUGAAUAAAGUAACCAGUAAAGUCAAAGCAGAUCAGUGGGUUCUGUUGUUCAGCGACAGAAUAAGAAAGACACGUUGAAGCGUCGACUGCAGCAGCAAGUCCUUUAGCAGGUGGAGUUGAAUGUACAUGGGCAGGUUGUAAAGUAGGUCAUCGGGCAGAUCUGCAGAGUCUAAACCUAGUCUAAACUGAAUGAUGCUCUGAAUCCAAGCUUGAGGCAGAUCUUACCGUUUUUCUUGAUGCUUGCAAAAAGCAGACAUGAUGACGCUGGAUAGGAGCAGGUAAAACGUCUGAUAGUCUUUCUGUAGCAAGUCGAGCUGCUAUUUAAAGCCUGAACCUAUCCUCCCUCGUGACAUCCAGUUUGCAUGAAUCAGGGAUCAUCACUGUGGUCCACCGCUGUGCCACCACUUUGUUCUUCGAACACCAUUAGAAGCGCCACCGCUAAAGGAUUGUUGAACCUGAGAGGGACCAGUCCGUGCAGUAGCAGAUUUAAUUUUUCCAUAAUCGUCUUUACAAAAAAAUAUAUUAUUGUUGCUUAUGUUUAAAAUGUGACUCCUGUUUUGUUUUGUUUUUCUGUGCUUUGUCUUUACUUAUUUUUAUUUUCCAUUUUAGGAAAGUUGGUUUAAUAUCGAAGCCCCGUGUUGGGUCCAAACUUUUCAGUAUGAUCGGGUGGGGAAUUGGGUUGACGAGUCAAAACGUAGCCCUUUUUUUAAAAAUAAUAUUGUGGUUUUAAAGGUUCAGUGUGUAGGAUUUAGUGGUAUUUUCUGUCAGAAAU